AAUUCGUCGUCAUUUUCUAAUUUGAAACCAGAAGCAUCUAUUGGAUCUUCCUCUUCUCUGUUCCUCUUUUUACGGCUGAUCAGGGCAUCAAUUUUCGGUUCUUGAUUCCAUCCAUAAGCGUAGCAAGUUUGAACAAAUGACAGGAGCCAAGAUUGUUGGUGGAACAAUAGGAGCAUUUGUACUGGCAUUCGCCUGUGACUACGUUAUAUCUGACAAGAAGCUUUUUGGAGGUACGACUCCCUCUACAGUUUCAAACAAGGAAUGGUGGGAAGAAACUGACAAGAAAUUCCAGGCAUGGCCUCGCACCGCCGGUCCUCCAGUGGUCAUGAAUCCCAUCAGUCGCCAAAAUUUCAUCGUCAAGUCCCGAGUUGAAUCCUGAACCCUGCAACAAUGAUUUAACUUCAAUCUCUGGUGAACCCUGUCCCUUUGUUUAUGCUGUCAAACAUUCACAUAAUUUUCAUGGAAGGCCAUCUUGUAGACUCAAGCUUAAGUGCACAUUUUUUUUUAUGUUUUUUGUGUUCCUGUUAAACAGUAAGGUUGUUCUGCGUUUUAAAGCUUUGAAAGUGUUCAGUUAUGAUUUUAUGGAAGUUUUUUUUAAUAAUAUAAUCGAGCAGCAGCCAGCAGGUUGACCUGACUCAAUCUAUGUUUCUUUGCUUCU